CGAUUGGAAGGGAAGUUUGGACGGCUUCGAACGUGUCCUCGUCUCCCUAGGAGCAGCAGCAACAAACAAUCCGUUGGCUCCGGGUCCGGGCAAUGGCGCUUGUGGUACGACGGGUGGCCGGUGUCAGCCCUACCACGUUGCCCACGGCGGAAACCGCUCCUGAGCAGUGAAGUUGUUCCGACACGCGAAACAACUUCCAUCGCUUCGUCUAGCUUGGAAUGUCCUGCAGCGUAGACGGACUGCCGGCGGGGUGUAGACUCCGGGGCAUGGGCUCCACCGUUCAGAGUGGUCCACUUAAUUCGACACUGAGUGGGGCGCAAGAAUCAACCAACAAUGUGGUGCCGCUGCAGCGAGCGCCCUCGCAGAAACCGUGCUGUUUCUGCUGGUGUUGCUGCUGUUCCUGCUCAUGGGCUAAAUGUUUGGCUAUAAAAAACGCAGAAGACAAUGGGCCUACGAAAAAAGACCAAGCUAGUUCCGACACGUUAUUCGAUGGAGAACAACCAACGCUAGAGGAAAUACGGAGCUGGGGCAAGAGCUUCGACAAGCUGAUGCGAAGCCACAGCGGGAAGAAAGCGUUCCGGGAGUUCCUGCGCUGCGAGUACAGUGAGGAGAACAUACUCUUCUGGCAGGCCUGCGAGGAGCUGAAAAAGGAGACGAACCCGGAAGCGAUAGAGGAAAAGGCUAGGUUUAUAUACGAAGACUAUAUCUCGAUUUUAUCGCCGAAAGAGGUAUCAUUAGACUCCCGGGUACGGGAAAUAGUUAAUAGAAAUAUGGUGGAACCGACUCCGCACACUUUCGACGAAGCUCAACUACAAAUUUAUACACUUAUGCAUAGAGAUUCGUAUCCCAGAUUUAUCAAUUCACCCCAAUUCAAAACGCUGGCACAAAUUCCAGAGGGCGUUUCCGCGUCCGGUUCGACGGCCGAAAGUCCCAGCAAUUAGGGAAUUUCG